AUGAGUAAUAAUUUAAGCACUUCUGAGAUAUAUAAUAAUGCUGCAGCUCUCUAGAUGCUUUUACAUGCCUUAUGUAAAUCAGUAUCAAGCACAGAUGAAGAAUUCAAUUUAAAAUAUGAUAUCUAUGAGGCAAGUCAAAUUAAAUAUUUUAGAAAUUAAUGAG